AUGUCUACACCGUCACCAAACUCGCCACUUGGAAGGAUCAAACCCCGCAUCAACGCCAGAUCAAACUUCUCCUGUAAAUUUUUCUUCACGGUCUAUGACUACAGUGUUCGUUUGAUUGAAACCAAAUUUGCAAAUAUUCCAAGCUCGAAGCUCCAAGCACCGAGCACCAAACACCAAGCACCAAGCACUAUGCAGUCCACUAGCCCUCAGGGUCCCUUCCCUGAUCGUUCUCGAGAGCAAACAACCCUUCCGCUCGAGCACGAACCUCAUGAUAGCCAUAAGCCACAGGGCGCCAAAGAUGACAUUGUGCCCGAGCAUAACUGGACACCACGACUCGAUCGCCGGCAGAGUUGGAGUGCGCAGGACCAGAAGCAUCAGAUGCAGGAAAGAUUCAUGCAAGUUGAACAGGGUCGGGAGUCUGGGUUUAGUGAGACAGAACACUAA